AUGUCUGAUAUGGCUGAGAUCAAGAAAUUCAAUAAGUCCAAACUGCAGAAGACAGAAACACGGGAGAAAAAUCCUCUGCCUUCAAAAGAAACGAUUGAACAGGAGAAGCAAGCAGGCAAAUAGUAAUGAGGCAUGCACCGCCAAU